CCACUAGUGGGCCGCGAGAGUAAACGAAAGAGACUAGGGUAAGGAAAAAAUCUUGUAUUAGCUGAAUGUGUGCUGGAAACUCUGGUCGCAGGAUCCACUAUUUGAUGGACAAUUUCUGGUUUUCCAGGUGUAAUUCUGGAUAGAACUAGCUGAAUUGUAGUGCAAUCGUUACGCGGACUUUUCGCGAGUGAAAAUAGGGUUUUAGCUCAAUGUGUUUCGAUAUGGUUCUGUGAAAAAAUCUGCUAGGAUUUUUUGUAUGCGAUUCAAGCUCAGGACACUAGGCGUAAAUAGGAAAUUCGUUAAAGUUCGACAGGAUCGAAAGUGUUUCAUGGCCUAGAAGGUGAUUUGGAAUCCAAUGGAAUAUACUUCAUCGGUCUAGAAAAAAGUAAGCCGAAAACGGAUUAGUUUUAACUUAAAAACGGUUGUCGGUGCAGGUGAUUUCAUAAUCGUCAUCAACGCGCUUGGAACAAGAUGUCUCGCUGGCCAACUAGUAGUGCGCGUUUAGUUCGUAAGAUUAUCAAUUCCCGCUAAGUGUCACCGGUGGCUUGAUGACAAGUUCGCAGUGUAUUCGGGGUGGAUGAAAAAUUAGAUUCUUAUCGAGAGUUUACCCGGUGCCAUCGGAGAACUGUGCGUGCGGCUAGUGAACGUAAGUGAAAUGGGGAAUCUCGGAGCCACCGCCGACGGAAUGCGGUGCCCGAGCAGUUCGACCGAGGGCAGUAGUCACCGGUCACAGCACCGCCGUCCGGCACAGCGUAGCCAUCGAUUCAAAUUACUCAGUGUUUCAAUGUUAGCCAUCGUAGUAGUGUUAGUGUUAAAUCUCAAUGUUGUCAUAGUAUCGUGUAAGCAUCAUCGCCAUCAUAGCGCUAGCAGCGAAGAAUUCAAGUUCGAUCCUACAAACAGUUUUAUUAGCUUAGUCCUGCCACACGACACAUAUCCCGGCUACAGCAUCCAGAAGUUCACGGCAAACUUCACUAGCCCGAACUCGCCGUUCUCGUCGAUUUCGUCCUACUCAUCCAAGCCGUUGAACUAUCGGCUGCUGGAAACGGACUACUCCAAGUACUUCACCGUACUGGACGACGGAAUGGUGAUGACCACUUCCGAUCUCUCCCCGCUAGUCAACCGACCGGUCAAACUGGUCGUUCUGGAGGAGACUCCCAACUCCACUGCCACACACCAGCUACAGCUGUAUAUUAUGAAUCGCAAAGAUAUGCUACACUUCCCCAGUGCACUCGGUGAAACGGUCGGUGAGUUGAGUGAAAACAAGAACGCCGGUACGCGAGUUCGUGAACUUCCGCUAUUACAGGCAAACUCCGCGCGCGGUGCCAAAUCGGUUAUCUACUCUAUCGUACACGGUAACGACGGGCGCGAAUUCGCACUGGAGGACAGUAGCAGCGGUGAAAUCAAGGGCACCGUACGUAUCGAUGACACCCGGAAGCACGGUGUUUGGUUGGUAUCAAACAAACCUCUGGAUCGCGAAACCAAGGACGAGUACAGUGUGGUGGUGGAAGCAACGGAUGCAAAGAAAAUUAACAAAGCACAAGUUAAACUGCAGGUCAAGAUUUUGGACGUGAACGACAAUCAUCCCGUGUUCACUAAGCCCGACUAUCGUUUCACGGUAAAUGGUGUCAAAUCAACGAAUGUUUAUGGUAAUGAAACCAUUACCUGGGAAAGAUUCACCAGUUUCGGAAAAGUCGAAGCCAAGGACGCCGAUGGCGAUAAGGUGGCUUACCGUCUCAUGAACCCCAGCAACAUGGUUGUGAUUGUGCCGCAAACCGGUGAACUGCUGCUAGCCGGCGAACCAGACAUGUCCGAAUUGUUCAUAGACGUGGAUGCUCAUGACAUUCGUACGCCUAGUUUGAACAGUGAAAAACCGGCUCGGGUGUUGAUCGAGUUCGUAGCUCCGGAUCCGGUUCCGGUGGUGAUGCAACAUCUGAACCACGAAUAUCAACACUCCCACCGGCGGGACAAACGUCGUGUAACGCGCGCGGUUCGUCCAACCAAACGAAUCGAUUUCACGGAAGCCGAAGGCGAUACCGAAGGUCGCAAUGUGUUCCAGCUGGAGAAGGAAACCGAUCGGGAAACGUUCAAGAUUCGGGACGAAAAUCCGUGGGUCACGGUUGAAACCAACGGUGCCGUUCGGGUCAAAAAGAAGUGGGACUACGAAGAGCUGGGACCGGAGAAGACAAUCGACUUCUGGGUGAUCAUCACCAAUCAGGGACAUAAUGGUGAGUGCCGUUUGAAUUUCAAUUUACUUGCGGUAUCGUCACAAUGUCGAUGAUGGUUUCAAAAAAAAUCUUGCCAAAUUACGCUUCCUAAUCAUCAUGCACCCAAUAAUUUGCGCUGUUUGAUAUCCAUUGGGCCUUGGUAUCAUUUGAAGAAGUUAUCUUAAAGUUACUUAGAACAUUUAUUUAAAAUACUCCGCGGUAAAUGACCUCUUGUUAAAAACCAGUGUAAAGUGUGUAAAUGAUCUAAAAAUUAGGUUUUGGGUAGGGUUCCUUGAUCUGGAUUCCAUAUCUAAGUUUUGCAACUGAAUUCUGAAUCGACGCCAGAGUUUCGUUCUUGAUUCCAGUUCUAGAAUACAGUCGCGACCAGAGUUGGCAAUGUUCCAAAUUUAUCGGUAAUUUGCCAGAUUUUUCAUAAAUUCCGCCAAUCAGUUCUCUUCAGGACCAUUAGAAUAUUUUCAAAGGAUUAUGCAAAAUUUACCUUUACUGAGUAUCUAAAUCUGCAAAACAACUGUGUUUGUUCCAUGUUUUUCAACUGUAUGGUAGACCAUCUCUAGUUACAAGCAAGCUCUGACUGAGCUAAAACAGGCGGGAACGUGUCAGACGAGUUUUAAUUUUCAUCAAGCUAUGGAAAAAGAUACACCAACGCAGUCAUGCAUGAAAGCAACGGUGUAAUUGAAUGAUUUGCGGUAUGGAUUCGUUCAUUUCCCGUAUUCUCCAAACCUGGGCCCCAGCGACUAUUCUCUAUUUCCAAAUCUGAAAAGGUUGCUGAGUUCAUUGCAGAAACGAAAGCCUAUUUUGAAAGCCAUGACAAAUCUUUUUUUUGCCUUUCCCAUAUAGAAAGAAAAGCUAUGCAAAACCGAUUUUACAACCGAGGCCUACAGGGCCAAGUGUCAUAUACCAUUCAACUCAGUUCGUCGAGAUCACAAAAUGUCUAUUUGUGUCUGUGUAUGUGUGUGUGUGUGUGUGUGUGUGCGUGUGUGUGUGUGUGUGUGUGUGUGUGUGUGUGUGUGUGUGUGU